AUGCCCGGCCAGCGUUCAUGUCUUUCCUGUCUCACUCAGAACAAUCAGCAGUUCCUGAAAACGGUGGCUGAACAGAGCAGUGAGCCGGAGGAGUUACGCAGCCAACUCAGUCAAGCAGUGCUCGAGCAGAGAUCUUCUGCGACUAAAGUGGAGGAGAAGACCAGACUCCUGUAGAAUGUCCAGGAUCAGAUGCAGAGGCGGGAAGAGGAUGCAGCAGAAGCUCAGGGUAGAGAAGAAGCAUCUGAUCGCAGACUACAACAGCUACAAGCAGCACUGAAGCAGCUAGAGGCCAGACUCAAAGCUGCAACGCAGGACUCUGAGUCAGUGCGCAGGAAGCAGACGGAGUGUGAGCAGCAAAUGGGAGAACUGCAAGGUUGCUGCGCCUCUCUGGAAGAGGAGAAAUUUGAAACCCUCAGUCGCCUCCGCAACUCCAUCCAGUUGGCUGAGGAGGCCUCGCUUCAGAGAGAACAGGCUCAGCUGAGGGAGAAACAGAGAGCAGAAGAGCUGGAGAAGAUGAAAGAUGCCAUGAAGCAGCUGAUCCAGGAUGCUGCCAUGCGCACCAGGAAAGAGGUUGAGAGUGUCCGUAAGCAGUGUAACGUUCAGAUUCAUCGAAUGGCUGAGGAGCUUUCUGCCCUGCAACUGGAAUGUGCCGAUAAAGAGACACGGAUUGAAAGAGCACAUCGGGAGAGAAAAGCUGUGGAAGAGGAGCUGGAAAAGGUCUAUAAAGAGGGCCGAAUUGGAGAGCCUGAGAUGAGGAAGAUGGAGGCUCUACAUCAGAGAUGUUUAAAUGCUGAACGACUGAAGGACGAAACGCAACUCGCACUCAACAGCACGAAAAACAAGAUGAAGAAGAUUGAGAUGGAGUAUUCGGAGGAGCUGUCACGCAGUCAGGAGGAGGUGCGGAGGCUGCAGUCCGCGCUGACGAGUCCGAGAGAGGAGAGCACAGCUAUCAGUGAGGAGAGACUCAUGCUGCAGCAGGAGAACCAGCAACUGCACAGAGACAUGGAAGCAAUGCGCAAAGAGUGUGCGCUCGCUCAGAGACGUGCCAAACAACAGGUGUCUUCCAUGCAGCAAGAGCUGUGUGUGAAGGAGCAGGGUUUGGAGUCCACGCUGAGAGAGAUAGAGGAGAGCAGUAAAAACUCCAGCACUGGUUUGACCAGACUGCUGCUCGCUCAACAGAAAACCAUCAGCCGCUACAAAGACGAGGCCAAGAACCUCACACAGGCUUUCCAGCAGAAACUCAGCAGCCUCAGAUCAGAGCUGAACAGACAGAAACAGCGCGCUCAGGAACUGGAGAUUCAGAUGGAAGCUGAUCAUCAGAAGAUACUGGAGUAUGAGAGGCAGGUUUCGGAGCAGCAGGAGAAGAACACGCGUCUACAGAGACGUCUUACUCAGGCAGAGCAACGUGCAGCCAGUGUAUCACAACAGCCGAGUGUGAUAUCACAACGGAGAAAAGCUGCGUCCAUGAUGGAUCUUGAGACUUUAUCAUAGAUAUACACCACCAUCAUCAUCUAAAAAGAAUCACCCUGAUCAGUUUGUUGUUGGACUUCAUGUUUAGUGUCUUUCACUGGCAGGAUUACCCAUGUGUUCAUUGACAAUUAAUUUAAUAAAAAGACAUUGAUGAGUUCACCACUAACCGUUGAGGAAAACAUUUUAUAAUCAAUGCUUUGGGAGAAAUGUCAUCUUAAAGAAUUAAUUGGCUUUUUACACUACUGCUGAAUGAAACUGGCUAACAUAAAAGUAAUCAGUUGUUUUUGUCUUAGUGAUUGUAAGA